CGUGUUCCAUUUCCCUAUGUCCCAAUAAUAAAUUUGGUUAGGGCGGGAAGUCAGUCAGUCGAAUUCCCCCAUCAGAGGGAUGUUUAUAAGCCAGUCUGCCGGACGCAAGAAAUGCUUCUUUUUUUCCCCCCCUUGCUUUCUGCCUCUGUCCCUACUAUUACUGCUUCUAGGGCUUUCGCAAAUUCAAUGCACUAGAAGGUGUAGUUUUAAGAAGAAGCGUAGUUUGUUUGAAUUCAAUUCAAUUUCUAGGGUUUAGGGGAAGAAGAUGAGUCUCCGUAAGGGCUCCAAGGUUUGGGUGGAAGAUAGAGACUUGGCUUGGGUUGCUGCUGAAGUCGUCGAUUUUGUCGGGGACCAAGUUCAGGUCGCCACUUCUUCUGGGAACAAGGUUGUAACACUUCCUGUGAAGUUAUUUUCGAGGGACGAAGAUGCGGACCAUGGUGGAGUUGAUGACAUGACGAAAUUGACUUAUCUCAAUGAACCAGGAGUUCUUGACAACUUGGAGAGGAGAUACACUCUUAAUGAAAUAUAUACGUACACGGGAAGCAUCUUGAUUGCUGUUAACCCUUUCACAAGGCUUCCACAUCUUUAUAAUGCGCACAUGAUGGAGCAGUAUAAGGGAGCUCCUUUUGGUGAGCUAAGCCCACAUGUUUUUGCUGUGGCUGAUGCAUCUUACAGGGCAAUGAUGAAGGAGGCCAGAAGCCAGUCUAUUUUGGUUAGUGGAGAAAGUGGGGCUGGAAAGACUGAGACAACCAAAUUGAUUAUGCAGUAUCUUACUUUUGUUGGUGGCCGUGCUGCUGGUGACGACAGAACUGUUGAACAACAAGUCCUUGAAUCGAAUCCACUUUUGGAGGCAUUUGGCAAUGCAAGAACUGUUAGAAAUGACAAUUCAAGUCGUUUUGGCAAGUUUGUCGAGAUCCAGUUUGAUGCAAUUGGGAAAAUAUCGGGUGCGGCAAUUAGAACUUAUCUGCUUGAACGAUCCCGUGUAGUUCAGAUAACUGAUGGCGAGAGGAAUUAUCACUGCUUUUAUCAACUGUGUGCAUCUGGAGGGGAUGCAGAGAAGUACAAGUUAGGCCACCCCAGCCAUUUCCACUAUUUAAAUCAAAGUAAGACUUAUGAGUUGGAAGGAGUAAACAGUGCAGAGGAGUACAUGAAGACAAUAAGGGCAAUGGACAUUGUUGGCAUUAGCCAUGGCGAACAGGAAGCCAUAUUUCGCAUCUUGGCUGGCAUUCUACAUUUGGGGAACAUAGAUUUUUCUCCUGGCCAAGAGCAUGACUCAUCAGUUAUAAAGGACCAGAAAUCUAGCUUUCAUAUGGAGAUGGCUGCUAAUCUUUUUAUGUGUGAUGUAAAUCUAUUAUUGGCCACGCUGUGCACACGCUCAAUUCAAACUCGUGAAGGGAUUAUUAUCAAAGCCCUGGAUUGUAAUGAUGCUGUUGCAAGUCGGGAUGCUUUGGCAAAGACUGUUUAUGCUCGAGUAUUUGAUUGGCUUGUCAAUAAAAUCAAUAGUUCUGUCGGGCAAGAUAAGGAUUCUUUCAUACAAAUUGGAGUCCUUGACAUUUAUGGAUUUGAAUGCUUCAAGAUUAACAGUUUUGAGCAAUUUUGCAUUAACUUUGCGAAUGAAAAGCUUCAACAACAUUUCAAUGAGCAUGUAUUUAAGAUGGAGCAAGAGGAGUAUCGCAAAGAGGAAAUUAACUGGAGCUAUGUUGAAUUUAUAGACAAUCAAGAUGUCCUUGAUUUGAUUGAGAAGAAGCCAAUUGGAAUCAUUGCUCUUCUCGAUGAAGCUUGCAUGUUUCCCAAAUCAACCCAUGGAUCAUUUACAACCAAGCUGUUCCAGAAUUUUCGGGCUCACCCAAGGUUGGACAAGGCGAAAUUCUCUGAAACAGAUUUCACUAUGUCCCACUAUGCUGGCAAGGUCACGUAUCAGACAAAUACUUUUUUGGAAAAAAAUCGUGACUAUGUUGUUGUUGAACAUUGCAAUCUGCUUUCUUCUUCAGAAUGCCCCUUCAUUGCUGGUCUUUUUCCUUCAUUACCAGAUGAAUCUUCAAGAUCAUCAUACAAGUUUUCUUCAGUAGCCUCUAGAUUCAAGCAACAACUGCAAGCUCUGAUGGAGACCCUCAAUUCAACAGAGCCUCAUUAUAUUCGCUGUGUGAAGCCAAACUCUCUCAAUCAGCCUCAAAAGUUUGAGAAUGAAAGCAUCUUACAUCAGUUACGAUGUGGGGGUGUUUUAGAAGCUGUUCGCAUAAGUCUGGCUGGUUAUCCCACUCGGAAGACAUAUCAUGAGUUUGUGGAUCGUUUUGGACUGAUAGCUCUUGAUGUUAUAGAUGGAAGUUACAAUGAGAAAACAGCAACGGAGAAGAUACUUAAGAAAUUAAAGCUUGAGAAUUAUCAGCUGGGAAAGACCAAAGUUUUUCUUAGGGCUGGUCAGAUUGGAGUUUUGGAUUCACAACGAGCUGAGGUUUUGGAUAAUGCUGCAAAGUGUAUUCAGGAGCGACUGCGGACUUUUGUUGCACGCAGGGAUUUUUUGUCAACCAGGGUUGCUGCAGUUUCCCUACAAGCAUGCUGCAGAGGUUGUCUUGCUCAAAAAAGGUAUUCAGAAAAAAGGGAAACUUCAUCUGCUAUUUCAAUACAGAAAUAUGUCCGCAGAUGGCUGUUAGUGGGUGCCUAUACGGAGCUUCGCUUUUCUUCUGUACUCAUACAAUCCAACAUCCGUGGUUUCUUUACUCGGAAAAUGUUUUUGCACAGAAAUGAACAUAAAGCUGCCACAUUAAUUCAGUCCCAUUGGAGAAUGUGCAAGGUCCGUUCUGCUUUCCGACGUUGCCAAACUAAUAUCAUAGCAAUACAAUGUUUUUGGAGGCAAAAAUUGGCAGAAAGAGAGCUUCGGAGGCUUAAGCAGGAGGCUAAUGAGACAGGUGCCUUGCGUUUGGCAAAGACUAAGCUUGAGAAGCAGUUAGAAGAUCUGACAUGGCGGUUUCAGCUGGAAAAAAAAUUACGGCUGUCUAAUGAAGAGGCUAAAUCAAUUGAAAUGUCAAAACUUCAGAAGACGGUGGAGUCUUUGAGGCUUGGUUUAGAUGCAGCUAAAAUGGCCACAGUCAAUGAGUGCAACAAGAAUGCAGUCCUGCAAAAACAAUUGGAGCUGUCGAUGAAGGAGAAAUCUGCUAUGGAAGGAGAGAUGGUUGUUGUGGCCGAACUAAGAAAUGAAAAUUCUUCUUUGAAGAAUUUCAUUAAUGCUAUGGAGAAGAAAAAUUCAAUUCUUGAGCAGGAGCUUGUGAAGGCUAAAGAAUAUACUAAUGAUACAAUGAAAAAGUUGUGGGAAGUUGAAAAAACAUGUUCGCAGCUGCAGCAGAAGUUACAAAGUUUUGAGGAGAAGCUUUGCAGUUUAGAGGAUGAGAAUCAUGUGCUGCGGCAAAAAACAUUGUUUGCUUCUCCAAAGAGCAACCGUCCUGGUGUUGUGAAGCCGUUUUUAGAGAAGUACACUGGUGUACUUGCCCUUCCCUGUGCUGAUAGGAAGUCUGUAUAUGAAACACCCACACCCACAAAACUUAUAACACCUCUUUCACAAGGUUUAUCUGACUCUCGCAGGACAAAGUUAACCACUGAAAAGCACCAGGAGAACGAUGAAUUUCUCUCAAGCUGUAUCAAAGAGGAUUUGGGGUUUAAAGAUGGUAAACCAGUGGCGGCUUGUGUCAUAUACAAAUGCCUUGUUCAGUGGCAUGCCUUCGACUCAGAGAGGACUUCUAUUUUUGACUACAUUAUUGAGGGCAUUAAUGAGGUCUUGAAGGUGGGAGAUGAGAAUGUUACCUUGCCAUACUGGUUGUCUAAUACCUCUGCACUUCUGUGCUUCCUGCAAAAGAAUUCACGCUCGAAUGGGCUUUUGACUGCUACUUCUCAACGUUCUGCAGGUUCUUCUGGGAUGAAUGGACGAAUUUCCCAAGGCCUAAAAUCUUCGUUCAAGUACAUUGGAUUUGAGGAUGGUGUUUCACAUGUGGAAGCAAGAUAUCCAGCCAUACUUUUUAAACAGCAAUUAACUGCUUGUGUGGAGAAGAUUUUUGGUUUGAUACGAGAUAAUUUGAAGAAAGAAAUAUCACCGCUGUUGGGUUUAUGCAUUCAGGCACCAAAGUUUCAACGAGUCCACGGUGGGAAGUCAUCUAGAUCACCUGGUAGUGUUCCUCAGCAGUCACCAUGCAGUCAGUGGGAUAGCAUCAUCAGAUUUUUGGAUUCUCUUAUGAGUCGGCUGCGUGAGAAUCAUGUACCUUCAUUUUUUGUCCGUAAGAUUGCUACCCAGGUUUUCUCUUUCAUCAACAUAUCCCUUUUCAACAGUCUACUGCUGCGACGAGAAUGUUGCACAUUUUCCAAUGGAGAAUAUGUGAAAUCGGGUUUGGUGGAACUAGAAAAAUGGAUUGUUGGUGCGACAGAGGAGUUUGCAGGAACCUCAUGGCACGAGCUAAAUUAUAUUAGACAAGCUGUUGGCUUUCUGGUGAUACAUCAGAAAAGGAAAAAAUCCCUGGACGAAAUAAGGCAAGAUCUAUGUCCAGCAUUGACUGUCAGGCAAAUAUAUCGGAUAAGUACUAUGUACUGGGAUGACAAGUAUGGAACUCAGAGCGUAUCAAACGAGGUAGUUGCUCAGAUGAGGGAGAUUUUGAAUAAGGACUCCCAGAAUCUAACCUCGAAUUCUUUUUUGCUGGACGACGAUUUGAGCAUUCCAUUCUCUACUGAGGAUAUAUAUAUGGCGCUUCCAGCAAUAGAUCCUUCACUUGUUGAGCUUCCAAUGAUCUUGUCUGGUUAUGCUUCUGCACAGUUUCUGGUCCAGCCUACAAAGUAAAUUUGCCAGCCAUUGACUCUAAGGUCAUUGUUUCUUUCAGCAAAGCCUAUGUUUAGGUGAAAGAAACACAGUUACUACAUGAGACAAAUGCAGGUCUGUGAUGUUCUGAUAUUUUGAAACCAUGCCCAUCACAGUGGUAGAUUUGACUUCGUGAACUGCUGGAAUGAAAUCAAAAUGUCCCCUUUGCAGACUCCCCCUAAGAAGUUGGAUGAGGAUCAACUUGGUUUUCCAGUGAAUUACACGUGCUAGGAAGUAGUGAUUGUAGAGGAAGAUGUAUCAAUUUAGUUGAAAGGCUCCUUUACCAUAUGAAGCUUAAGCUCUGUACAGCAAGAUAUUUACCAUAUGAAGCUUAAGCUCUGUACAGCAAGAACAUAUCUGAAAUGCAUUCAUGUUGUAUUCUACUUUUGGUUAGGCUUUCCUUGUGCUUCUGGUUAAGCCUGUGUCCCCUUUAUUUUGCUGGAAUAUUACAUUUCCAUGUAUCAUACGUUGGACAAUUAUCAAUAUAACAAGGGAGGGAUUUUUUCCAAUAUAA